UUGUACCUCUUGUUUAAAUAUAAAUAUGUAGUUCACACUUGAUAGUUGAACCAUGAAACCAAUAUAUAGUGCACUUUGCGCACCGAAGACCUCAAACCUUGCUUUAGUAAGUCAACAUUUUCUACUUCUACCUCUAUUUAGAAGAAAAAUCUCUGCAUUUCUUCAUUUUCUGUCCAGAUUCUUUGCUUAGCCUGCUUACAGCUGGGAGCUUUAUUUUGUUUCCAAAUUGCACUUCUCAACUGUCAUUUCUGGAUAAGAGGAAAGAAAGUUUGUUUUAUUUCAUAAAUUUUUCCAAGUGGACUACUUGGUCUCUGUUUCUCUCUGAUUUGGUUCAGUUCAGUCCAAAGUGUCUUCAUUUAUCAUUGACCCAGUUCCUCAAUCAUGAUAUAGCAUUAUAUUUUUGAGUUUUAAGUGAGAAUUUGAUUGAAUUCCUGUAAUGGGUGUCUUGGUUUCUAUAUCCCAGCACAAGAGAUAUAUUAUUUUCUUGAACAUUUCAUUUCUCUUAGCGGCUUGUGCUUUCUUGAUUAUACGGUCCAAUUCUGCUGAAAUUCUUGUUCUCAGAAAAUCCCAAUUUUCCAAUCUUAGUGAUGAACAAGAAUGCAAGGAUUUGCAAAAUCUUGGAGAUUCUCAAGCCAAGUGCCAUUACCUUGCGUCGCAUGAGCCAUGUGUAUCUGAAGGCUAUAUUGAUUAUCUUUACAUUUUCUAUUGCAAUUUUGGGAGACUUCCACUUGUAGGAUAUUGUCUUUUAUUUCUCUGGCUUUUAGUGAUGUUUUAUUUGCUGGGGAACACAGCCUCUGAGUACUUUUGCUCUUCACUUGAAAAUUUAUCAAGUCUGUUGAAAUUGUCCCCAACAAUUGCUGGAGUUACUCUCCUUUCUCUUGGCAAUGGUGCGCCUGAUGUUUUUUCCAGUUUAGUGUCCUUUAUGGGUACUGGUGCAGGUGACAUUGGCAUCAAUACUGUGUUAGGCGGUGCUUCCUUUAUAACCUGUGUUGUGGUUGGAAUUAUGAGCAUCUUAGUGAAGCAAAAACAAGUUAGAGUCAAUAAGAAUGCCUUUAUUAGAGAUAUUUGUUUCUUUCUUUUUGUUCUUGCAACUUUAAGUUUUAUUUUGCUUCAUGGGGAAAUCAAUAUUUGGGUUGCAAUGGUGUUUUUGUCUAUGUACAUUUUCUAUGUUGUUCUUGUUUACUCUUCGGAUAUGCGAUGGGCUGAUGAUGGGAAAGACAUUGAAAAGGAUGAUAGUAAUUCGAGUUAUGACAGUGACUUGCACAUACCAAUUCUAAAUAGUACCGAUAAGGGGGAAGUAAAUUAUUUGGAGGAAGCUGGUUUAGGAGGUGCUACUGAAGUAGAAAUUGAGAAAUGUUGCUUUUGUUUGCGGUUAUCUGCGCCUUGUAAGAUUCUUCUUUGGAUACUUGAAAUGCCUCUUUAUUUGCCAAGAAGAUUGACAAUUCCUGUUGUUUCUGAAGAUGGAUGGUCUAAACCAGUGGCGAUUGCUUCAGUCACAUUAGCACCAAUUCUGUUAGCAAUUCUUUGGAAUCCACAAGAUGAAAAUACCAAUUCCAAGAGCAGCAUAGUAUUUUAUGGAAUUGGGGUCUUCAUUGGAUUGAUACUUGCUGUUAUUGCAUACUUAACAACUGAAAAGUCAAGUCCACCCAAGAAAUGCCAAUUCUUUUGGCUAGCAGGAGGGUUUAUAAUGAGUGUGGUGUGGAGUUACCUUAUAGCUCAAGAAUUAGUAGCCCUUUUAGUAUCUCUUGGAUAUAUAUUUAGUAUAAGUCCUUCAAUUCUUGGGUUGACAGUUCUUGCUUGGGGCAAUUCAUUAGGGGAUCUGAUAACCAAUUUGACUAUGGCUUUGAAUGGUAGUCGUGAAGGUGCACAAGUUGCUAUAUCAGGUUGUUAUGCAGGUCCUAUUUUCAAUAUCCUGUUUGGUUUGGGAUUAUCUCUUGUUAGUUCAUGCUGGUAUAAAUACCCAUCUCCUAUUGUAGUACCAGCAGAUCCAUAUCUGUUCGAGACAUUAGGGUUUCUGUUGGCUGGCUUGCUAUGGGCACUUGUGAUCUUACCAUGUAGAAACAUGAAGCUUGAUGGGGUGUUGGGAUCAGGACUUUUAGCUAUAUACGUAGCUUCUCUGUCUUUAAGGAUUGUUCAAACACUUGGCUCUUUCCAGUUUCAAGCUACAUAAGGUCUUUGCGGCUUUAUCUGUAAAAUAUGUGAAAUCCCCGUAUACUAAAAGCUAGUCUUCCCUGUAUAGUAAGUUAUCAUCAAUUGUAAGAUGCUGUACUUUUUUUCGAAAGUUUAUUUCAGUUAAUAAAUAAAGUUAUCUGCUAUUAUCUUUUGUUAA